CUGAGUCAGUGAUUCCUUCUAUGAUUACAAUCAACUACGACCCUCAAACCACCAGUCAAGGAUUCUGUUUUCAAAUGCUGUGAAUUGAUCUAGGGGAAGAGGCUCGAACUAUCCCUCUCGGAUCAAAUAAUCAUCGUAUCCCAUGCGAAAGAGGAGAAACCAGUACGGAUGCAAGAGUAGAAAGGGCUGUGCCACAUGCAAGAAAGCCCAUGUCAAAUGCAGCGAAGAGCAACCAACCUGCAGCCGAUGCCAACGAUUGAAUCUCGAGUGCAAUUAUGGCUUUAAACUCCUCUGGGAAGAAGACUCUCAACAGAGGAAGAUAGCUCACGGUCGUGCUGGGCUCUGGUCACGGCAUAACACGACUUCAACACCGCGAGAACGACUACCACCUAUUGACGACCAGAUCUUUGUCGAAAUCCCCACCAGUGCCCAAAAUGCCGGCACGCUCUUCUUUCUCAACUUCACCGCCGAGCAUUUCCGAGAAGGAAAUCUUCCGGAGGCAUUGGAAGACGAAAUCACCGAAGUCGAGCGGCACGAUUUCGUCGACACUUUCGUCGAUGAGGUCCUCGAUGACGAUGAAAUACUUUGCCUCACUGGCGUCCCGCCGCCUUUGUCUCUGAUGCUGGCGCACUCACCUUACCAAGGCAUCAACACGAAUCUAUUGUCGUAUUACAUCUACGUCCUGUCCCCGCAGUGCUCGCUGAGCGAAACGGACAAUCCGUAUCUUAACGUCCUGCUACCUGUGGCGUACGAAUUUGAACCUCUCCGAAGCGCAUUACUGGCGGCUGCGGCGAACCAUCUACGUCUCCAUGACGACUUGCGAUUCGAAAGACACGCGUUGGAAUUGAAGACGGCGGCGAUCAAGGGACUGCGAAACCACCUAAGAACCAACGAUAUGGACUGGCAGAGUCUUGCUACCACGCUAAUGUUUUGCUUUUACGAUAUUUCAGACGGCUGCGCACCAUCUUGGAUCACCCACCUGAAAAUGGGCUUACAAAUGUUGACUUACCUAACGACCCGAACGUCAGUCGAUGAUAGUCUCAAAGCCUUCUGUGAAAUCUAUUUCGUCGCACACGAAGUGAUGGGCGGAACUGCGUGGACUGGAUGGUCAGACUCUGAUGGCGAUGGCUUUGCCCUCGCUCGAUCAGAAGAGAUCGACCCUCUGAUGGGCUGUUCGCGCGAAUUGAUCUCCAUCGUAGGCCAAAUCUCAUCACUGGCACGUCGAGUCCAAACGUCCCCGGACCCUUCCUCGAUGAUCGAGUCGACCGAGUUUCUCACCAUGCGCAACGAUCUUGUCUCUCGUCUCCGUCGCCUCCAACAGCGCGUCCCGUCUUCGUGCAUCGACCAACCUCUGCUCGUCCAGAUUGCAGAGGUCAAACGUCUGGCGGCGAUGCUGUACUUGGAAGAACGAGUGCCUCGACCGACCGACACGUCAUCACUGGACACCUAUAUCCCUGCCCCCAGAACCCUCGGUCGCAAAAGACUGAUAGAUUGCAUCAUGUCGUCAUUGCGCCUGCUGCCCGAAACGUGCGCGGCCUCGUUGUGGCCUUUGUUCGUCCUGGGGAAUUCCAGACUCGAGUCAGAGGAGCAACGACACUUUGUACUCACGAGGUUGGGCCAGUUGGAGGACUCGCGAAAGCUGGGGAGUAUAUACCAUGCUCGUCGGUUGGUGGAGAGAUACAUCGCCGCGAGUAGUUUGCCGUCGUCCGUUGGGGUGCGCCCGUCAUCGUCGAACCGGCUGAUGUUGGGAAGUUUACCUCGUGGGUUGGCCUUGACGGAGAAUGAGAGGUGGAUCAGUUUAGCUUAGAUGUCCGUUCCAUGUCAUCUCGUGACAUGUAACCAUGAUGUGCGAGUGGGUGGUGAAUUCUGUUUGCCUUAUGGUGAUAUACGGUUUUGGGGGAUACUCGAUUUUUUGCUUAUUUCUGGGACGGCAGGGCAUGGGCAGUGCAUAUUGGACUUGUACAAGUACAUACAGGGAACGUAGUUAUUUAGGCUUAUACUUAUAAUUCUAGUUCGAACUUG